AUGACGGACGCCGAAAAACGGCGGAUCGUACGCGAGUGCAAGGAGUUCUUCGGCAAAGGGCCUCGAAUAGUCUAUCAGCCUGGCAAUGACGGCUGUGGCGAGCAUGCCAUGGUCGCGCUGUUUAAAGAGACGCUCGACGAUAACAAAUCGAGAUUCUUCAUGGUGAAGAGAGCGUUAGAGGAGCUCUGGGAUGACGAUAUCCGGAACGAGAUCGCUCACCUGACGACAUUGGAACAUGUCGAGCACGUCGUCAACAUACUAGCCGUCAAAGACACCGAGAGGAGGACGAGACAAAGUGAAAGAAAAACCGUCCUGCCCAUGAGAGGGCCCUUCAUCAUCUUGGAGUAUCUCGAAAACGGGACUCUGGAGAAGCUCAUGAUUAAAACUGCUAAUGCCAAAGACUUCACCUUCCCAAAUCGAUUCCUCAUGUCGGUUUUCUUGUGCCUAAUGUUCGGAGACAUGCACACCCUGUGCAUAGGGGUGCUCACGGGCUCCGGUGGAGUUGAGAACGACGGGGCAGCAGCAACAGCGGCAGAAGCAACACCUGCAGCAGCAACACCGUAUUGGAAGCACGACGAGGCCCCAAUGUUGAAAGCCAUAGAUUUCGGGUCGGCUCAGUACGGCGGGCCCAUCUCGGGCGACGAGGACGAGGACGAGGAUGGCGGGGGCGGCGGUGGGUCGACGGCAGACUUCUUGGUAUGGUAUAACAUGACACACAAAUUGGCCGAAUUUCCAGCUCUCCCAGGCGACACUAACACGGGCAUCGAUGCCAACAUCUUAGCAAUCGGCAAAAUAAUGGUAGAGCUUAUAGCUCGGAAGAGACUUGAGAACCUUGACGUCUGCCGCCGGAACAUCUCCGAUAAAGCCAAUUUCUGUCCGCAGUUAGAUCCCGAGCUGUGGAGCUUGAUUGCGAGGUGCCUGGCGUCAGAUCCAGCACAACGCCCUCGAUUGACAGAGUUGCAAGACAAGUUGUAUUUCGACUUAUCCAAUAAGGAUGCCAAGUUCUACAGACCUAACGAACAGUGGGAGACGCCUGAUGCUCUAAGGGAAUUCCGCCAGAAGUUUAUCUCGAAGAAGCUCCCAUGA